AUGAGGCGCAAUUUACUUACGAAACAUGUAGCUGCUGUUGUGAAAUACCAAAAGGAUCCACUAAGGGCGCUAGAAAUGUUCAAUUCUGCGAAGAAAGAAGAUGGGUUUAAGCAUAAUCUGAUAACUUACAAGUGUAUGAUUGAAAACCUCGGUUAUCAUGGUGAGUUUGAAGCAAUGGAACGUGUGUUUACAGAAAUGAGGUCGGAUAUUGAUAAUUAUUUGUUAGAAGGAGCUUAUGUAUUCGCCAUGAAAAGUUAUGGCAGGAAGGGAAAGGUUCAAGAAGCUGUAAAUGUAUUUGAAAGAAUGGAUUUCUAUAACUGCGAACCAGGUGUUCAUUCGUAUAACGCAAUUAUGAAUAUAUUAGUUGAGUACGGGUAUUUUGAUCAAGCCCAUAAAGUUUAUAUGAGAAUGAAAGAUAAAGGAGUUGUUCCUGAUGUAUAUACUUUUACGAUUAGAAUCAAAGCGUUUUGUAGGACAAGUAGGUCUUUAGCUGCUCUUAGGCUUCUCAAGAACAUGCCUGCGUCAGGGUGUGAGUUCAACGCAGUUACCUAUUGUACAGUGGUAGGUGGAUUCUAUGAAGAAAACAAUCAAUCCGACGCAUACCAACUGUUCGAUGAAAUGCUCAUGAGAAGCAUCUUUCCUGAUGUUGUCACUUUUAACAAGCUUAUACACAUACUUUGCAAGAAAGGGAAUGUUCAAGAGAGUGAGAGACUUUUCAACAAGGUACUAAAGAGAGGCAUAUCUCCAAAUGUCUUCACAUUCAAUGUCUUCAUUCAAGGUCUAUGCAAAUCCAAACAGCUCACCCAGGCUGCCAGAAUGCUGGAUUCUGCCAGUAAACAAAACUUAACACCCGAUGUUGUCACAUUCAACACACUCAUAUGGGGUUUAUGCAAGAACUCAAAGGUUAUGGAAGCUGAGAGUUACUUACAAAUGAUGGUAAACAAGGGUCUCGAGCCAGAUGAUUUCACAUACAACACCAUAAUCGAUGGGUACUGCAAACUGGGCAUGGUGGAGAGUGCUUCCAAGAUUCUUAAAGAUGCAGUUUUUAUGGGGUUUAAGCCUGAUAAGUUUACUUAUACCUCUUUAAUCUAUGGAUAUUGCCAAGAUGGUGAUAUGGAUCGAGCCAUGGCUGUAUUUAGAGAUUGUUUGAGAAAGGGUGUGAAACCCAUUACUAUUAUGUACAACACAUUGAUUAAAGGUUUGGCUAAACAGGGUCUAAUUUUGCAGGCAUUGGAGUUAAUGGAAGAAAUGCCAGAAAACGGGUGUUAUCCUGAUACAUGGAGUUAUAAUUUAUUGAUUGAUGGGCUUUGCAAGAUGGGUUGUGUAUUGGAUGCUGAUAGAUUCAUGAAUGAUUCUUUGGGAAAAGGUUUUAUUCCUGAUAUAUACACGUUUAACACUUUGAUUGAUGGUUAUUGUAAGCAGUCGAAGAUGAGUAUUGCUAUUGAAAUGGUGGAUAAAAUGUGGGAUCAUGUGACACCUGAUGCUAUCACAUACAACACUCUGUUAAAUGGCCUUUGCAAGAAUAUGAAAUCUGAAGACGUGAUUGGAACUUUUCAAGAAAUGAAAAACAAUGGUUUUGCUCCUGAUGUAAUUUCUUACAACACAUUGAUUGAAAGCCUUUGUAAAGCUAGAAAACUGGAUAAAGCCAUGGAAGCUUUUCAGGAAAUGGAGAAAACUGGACUAAACCCAGAUGAAGUUAGCUAUGGCACAUUGAUUAGUGGGUUUUGUGAGAAUGGAGAUCUUGAACGAGCCUAUGAGCUCUUCCGUCAAUGUAAUCUCUCCCACACAACUCCCAUAUUCAAUAUCAUGAUAAAAGCUUUCAGUGAGAAGAUGAAGAUGGAUGACGCACAGAAGCUGUUUGAUGAAAUGCCUGAACCAGAUAACUUCACUUUUCGUUGCAUGAUUUAUGGGUUUUGCAGAAUAGGAGACGUUGACCAUGGUUACAAGUUUCUUCUUGAUGAGAUUGACCAUGGGUUCAUACCAUCAGUUGCUACAUUUGGGCAGGUGAUAAACUGUCUUUGUGUGAAGCAUAGAGUGCGUGAAGCAGUAGGUGUUGUUUACCUGAUGGUGCAGAAGGAUGUAGUCCCAGAGACUGUAAACACCAUAUUUGAAGCAGAUAAAAAGGUGAUUGCAGCUCCGAAGAUUGUUGUGGAAGAUUUGUUAAGGAAGAGUCAUAUUACUUAUUAUGCAUACGAACUUUUGUAUGAUGGUGUAAGAGAUAAAAAACUUUCAAAGAAAAAACUUUCAAUUAAUAAAACAUUGAAUCAGUAA